AUGUCCUCAUCCUCUGAGACCCUCGCCAUCUUUGGAGCCACUGGUCAACAAGGAGGAUCUGUUAUUAACUAUGUCCUCAAUCAUCCGGAGCUGUCCAAGCAAUUCGUGAUUCGAGCUGUGACUCGCAAUCCCUCCAAACCAGCCGCCCAAGUCUUGCAACAGCAAGGUGUUGAGGUCGUCAAAGGAGAUCUCCUCUAUGCUAAAGAAAUCAUUCAAGGCAAGAAUUUAGCGGACGCAGCUGUCGCCGUAGCUGUCCAGUAUAUCAUUUUUAGCACUGUGCAGCACGCAGGUGAAGUCUCUAGUGGCAAGCAUUCUCACGUCCAUGCUUUCAACGCCAAGGCCAACAUCGAGAAAUACAUUCGCUCUCUCCCCAUCAAGAGCGCCUUUUUUGGGCCAAGCUUCUUCUAUCAAGACUUUGCCAGCACAUUUUUUGUCCCUCAACGCCAAGACAAUGGGACCUUUACGAUAUUCAAUGUAGUCUCUCCUCAGAGCGUAUUUGAGUUUUUUGAUCCUGUUGCUGACACAGGCAAAUUUGUGGGUGCUAUUCUUGCAGAACCGGACAAAUUUGAAGGUGAAACCUUAUAUGCAGCAGCAACCUUUUGCUCAUUUGAGGAAGCAGCAGAGAUGAUCAGUAAAUCGACAGGCAAGACUGUCAAGUAUAAGCAGGUAUCUGCUGAUGAGUUUUAUCAAGCCAUGCCAGCUCUUAGCAGUAUCAACGUUCACCUUAUGCUUUUCGUGGAAGAGUUUGGUUUUUUGGGUCCAAAGGGAAAGGAGCUUGCCGAACGGUCUACCAAGAACAUCCAUGCGAAAUUGACGACAUUUGAAGAGUACCUCCAGAAGAACCCUCUCGAUCUUCAGUGA